GAUAACGUUGUGAUAUCACGCAAAAGCAGGCCAUCGUGUGGUGCAGAAGCUCGGCGCUGUUCGAUUGAGUUCAAUCUCGCUAGAGCAGCACACGGAAUCGCAAUUGGUUCGAAACUAGUAUAUGGACAGCAUGACUAUAUCAGCAAUUCCUCCUUCAGAACCUGUUUGGUGUCUAGACCGACGGGACUCUGGCCAUCUGUUUUGGCGCCGAGAGUCGUCCAAGGUGAAGUUUCGAUACGACGUGGAAGUGUUGGAGUUUACCAAAGAUCCAUACGAAGAUCAACUGCUUAUAACGGACAGCGAGUUAAACCGCACAAAGCAAGAACAGGCUAACGCGGUCUCGAACAUAAUCGUUGUGUGUGCCACGUGCGUGGCUGCACUUGCCGUAACGGUUGUGUUACCCUGGUUUCUCAUAGGGUCGGCAUAGAUGAGCAUCGAACCGCAAGGCGCAGGUUGUGACCCAAGUUGCUUUUCUCUGGAGAGAAAUGCCAAAAUAUUGGGCAACAUAAUUGUGAUAAAUAAGAGUAGCCGCUAAGAGGCUAGGAACGUUUGAUUUUCUCCAAACCCAUUUUCUACUAACUUUUAAGAAUGCUAGGUUAUCAACUUUACUCGGUUUUAUAAAGGCUAUAAUACACAAUCCAUUUAAUGUGUUGAGAUGAGGAUUGCGCAUAUUGAGUACCCAGCAACUUAGGACUAGGAUUGACAUGAAAUUCCAGCUGAGUCAUCUGCGCAAAGGUGCGCCUCAAGCGUAAUUCGUUCUCUAUCAGUCAGAGCGGUUGAACAGUGAUAAGAUAAUGUGAAAUCCAUCAAAUUCAUAGCCACAAGUGCAUUGGACAAAUUAAAUCGCUUCGGUAAAAUGUAUUAAAGUGUGUAGAUCGUUGUCAUCCCUGCUAUAGCAACGAAAUCAAACACAAAAUCGAUCAAAAAGUGAUUUGUUUUCCAUGUUAUGCUUUUGCACAAAUAUUGUAUUUAAUGAUUUUGCAACAAUAGGGGAAAACAGGAUUCUAAUGAAACAUGUUUAUAAAACAUGGCGAACAGAAUGGACAAUAAAAAGUUAACUAAUUAGUCUA